CCGCGCGCAGCCACGACUCCACACGCGAUGCUUCCCGCGCCACACACGGCGGAGCGCUCCAGCCACGCGCAGCAGCCCCUCGUCCUCCUGCCAACUUUCAUCUUAUUAACCAUUAAUAUCUCGAGUACAUCUUCUCUCUCUCACCUCGCGGCCACCAUGUCUGACAGACCUCAUCCUCUCCGUCGGGGUCCAGGUUCAGACCGGUUCAGAGCUUCUGUCUCCGCGGCUCUCUGGUCUUACUAAUAUUAUUGAUAUUAUUAACAUUAUUAAUAACCAGUGUUGGAUUGUCCUCGCGCGCCAUGGAAACUUCCACGCUGACGGACCUGCUGCUAAAUUCCACCGACCUCAACCGGAUCCUCUGCAGCUUCGGGAUCAGGAACCAGUCCGAGUGUGAAGACCUGGACUCUCCGCCAGAACCCAAAGACAUCAAUGAGGCGGUCCGCAUCGUGCUGUACAGCCUCAUCUUCCUCCUCAGCGUGCUCGGCAACACCCUCAUCAUCGCCGUGCUGGUGCGCAACCGGCGCAUGCGGACGGUCACCAACCUGUUCCUGCUGUCGCUGGCCGUGUCCGACCUGAUGGUUUCUCUGGUCUGCAUCCCCUUCACGCUCAUCCCCAACCUCAUGAGGAACUUCGUGUUCGGCGCUGGCAUGUGCAAGCUGGUUAUGUACUUCAUGGGCGUCUCGGUGAGCGUGUCCACCUUCAACCUGAUGGCCAUCUCCCUGGAGCGCUACAGCGCCAUCUGCAACCCGCUCACCUCGCGCACCUGGCAGACCAAGUCGCACGCCGUCAAAGUCAUCUCGGCCACGUGGGCGGCCUCCCUCAUCCUGAUGCUGCCCUACCCCAUCUCCAGCACCCUGAGGCCCUUCACCCGCAUCAACAACUCCACCGGCCACAUGUGUCGCCUGGUGUGGCCCAACGACGUCAUCCAGCAGUCCUGGUACGUGUCUCUGCUGCUGCUGCUCUUCCUCAUCCCGGGGAUCGUGAUGAUGACGGCGUACGGACUCAUCUCGCUGGAGCUCUACCGCGGCAUCAAGUUCGAGAUGACCAACAGGAAGAGCAGCCGAGAGAGACAGUGCAGCACAGGAAGCAUCAAACCUGGAGACAACGACGGCUGCUACCUCACGCCCUCCAAGAGGAGGAGCCUGCUGGGAGGGGCGGGCCCGGGCAGCGGGGUCGGAGGCGGAGCCAGCGGCGGAGGCGGAGCCAGCAGCGCGUCCACCAAGGCCAAGCUGGGCCGCGUCUCCGGGAGCAGCUCCACCGCCAACCUGGUGGCCAAGAAGCGCGUGAUCCGCAUGCUGCUGGUCAUCGUGUCGCUCUUCUUCCUGUGCUGGACGCCGGUGUUCGUGGUCAACGCCUGGCAGGCCUUUGACCGCCGCUCCGCCCACCGCCUCACGGGGGCGCCCAUCUCCUUCAUCCACCUGCUGUCCUACGUGUCCGCCUGCGUCAACCCGCUCAUCUACUGCUUCAUGAACAAGCGCUUCCGCCAGGGCGUGCUGUCCACCUUCUCCUGCUGCGCCCGGGGCGCCGGUCGCCACGCCGACGGCGGCGGGAGCACCAGCAGAGGCUCCGCCUUCCGGAGGUCAGCGGGGAGCAAGAAGGGGAGGGGGAGCGGGGGCGGGGGGGCGGCGGCGAACGGCCUCAGCCCCCCCGGCGGCAGCGGCGCCUGCGUGCGCUUCACGUAUGUGCGAGCGCCGGCCGGCGGCGAGCCCGAGGCCUGAGGGGGAGGAGUCACGCGCCCGGUCCGGGCGACUCGUGACGCCAACGCCUCGAGGUGACGGGGAGGAUCCGCCGGGCGCGGGGGGGGUCGUGACGUUCUGAUUGGUUGACGGCCUGCCGAGCCCUUCGUAGGACUAUGGUACGGCUUAUACUCUGCUUCAGCUUGUUAUGUAGCGCCAACCGUAGGCAGAAGACCGCCAUGAGGGGAGAUUACCGCUGUCACCGCCCAUCCAUCAAUCAAACCCCCCAUCUUAUUCGACCCUCACCGUAUUAUUCAAGUCAUCGUCCAAAAGAUCAGUCUAGUUUCGACCCUUUAAACAACUUUGGACAUUGUUCAGGCAACAGACCAGCUCCGUACCUUAUGUUAGCACACCGGACGAUCUGCAAGUGUGUUAAUCCGAUAAUAGGAGCACAUGUUUGGAGAAGGCCAGCGGCCCAGCAGCUGUAUAUGUCUGAGGCCGCUGUGUUUGGACAGGAUCUCCUGGAGCGCGGCACGGUGUAAACCAAGUCCCACACAGCUCUGCUGUGGACACAAACAAGAUUAGCAGUCGAGGCUCGCGGCGCGGCUUCAACAUCUCGCUUUGUUUUUAUAUAUUCAUCCGUGGUUGAGCAAUGUAUUCCUAGUUCACAGAGCCCGAGGAAGCCCAUUCCAGUGUUUUUGUUUGUUUUCGUCCUUGAGCGCCGUGUGUGUGCGUUGAUGUCGUACUGUGUGUGCUCGGGCCGUUUGGUGGGACUUUCGACACCUGCCUCCUUCUUCAAAGAACGCCGCGGCGCAGACGGAGCCGUCUGUGUUCAGUGCUGUAUAAUCUCUGCUCUGUCCUGCGUCGGUGUGUUUCUGUCACAUGUACUGCGACAUCUGUCUCAAGUCUCUUAGCCUAUGAUAAUCACGUAUAAACUGUUGUAGACAACCUCCCAACACAAGUCAUACUGAGGGAUGACCUUUGACUGUUAAAAAUACCCACAUAGAUCACGGUAAUUAAGGCAGUUAAAUCUGUUGUGACAUUUACGAGGUCGAUGACAGAAGCUCAUCUUACGGUCCAGACCGCCGUAGAGCAGACAGGCGGUCCUGACUCAUUGUUUGAACCCCGACCAGAUGAGCCACCUCUGGCUGCCCAAAUAAAGCCUUCUCAGACGAGCAGGCGGCCAGAGGAGACGCCGUUGGCCACGGCACCGUGGGGGCUUUUAUCGGCUUUACUCUAAAGUGGAUUCAAACAGUCGUUAACGGCCGAGCCCAGAGCCGACCGGAGGUAGCACCCAAAGCUAGGCCAGCUGAGCACGAACCCCAGAGACCAGUCAGUUGUACGGAUUGUAAUGGUCGGUUUCACACGCAGGAACGUCCCCGUAAGGUCCCCGACCGACCGGAGAGGAUGCCAGCGGCCAUGUUGACGUUGUAGAAGGUUUGUGUGUUCAUCUAAUCUCCGGCAAGGUGUGGCCUGAUGACAUCAAUGCCAAAUGAACCGAAAUAAUCACCAGACACACAAGGUCAAAUUUAUAUAUUUUUUAUUUCUUUUUGUUUUUUUGCCAAUAUUGCCAAUAUUUGUUUUCUUCUUUCAAUGACAUACGGCUUUGAGCAUGAUCGGAAACUGCAAUAUGUACAAAAAACAAAAACUAUUGUAUGUUAUUAUAUAAAAAAACUGUCCCCUUGUUUUUUUUUUUUCAUUUUGACGUUAUUGCUAAAUGUUACAAACGGCACAAGAUUCUACCAUCAGCAACCCUUUGAGAGCAGUCUACUAC